GCAAAAAGAACGUUGUGAGUGUACAGGACGUCAUCAUACGCUCCUGCAUGUAGGGCGAUUGGCGAAUGAUCAACGAGUAUUGCGAGACGAGGGAAUUUGUGCCCUGACUAGAAUCACAUAUGCACUAUCACAACUAGGGGUUAUUCCUAUCAAGCUAGCAACACCGGCUGGAACUGUUGAAACUUACGCAUUCUUGGACAGUGGCUCUGAUGUCACGCUAAUAAAACGAGAUAAGUUGGAUCGACAGCCUGAAUUACUUGAAAAAUACGAGCAAACAUUCAGUUCCUACAGGAAAAAGGGAUACAUCGAGCGAGUUGAGAGUAACAAAACGUUUCCGGUACUAAGGCGCUGGUAUUUACCUCAUCAUCCUGUUGUAAACCCUCGAAAACCAGACAAAAUCUGCGUUGUAUUUGACUGUGCUGCAAAGUGCCAGGGCGUGUCUCUAAAUGAUCACCUCUACCAAGGGCCGGAUCUAAACGCAAAAUUAGCAAGCGUGUUGUUGGGUUUCCGACUAGAACGAAUUGCAGUGGCAGGGGAUAUAGAAGAGAUGUUCUUACAAGUGAAAGUGUAUCCGGUUGAUCGACCUGCUCUGAGAUUCCUGUGGUGGGAAAGUGAGGGAUCAGUGGGGGAACCAGUUGAGUUCCAGUGGACAUCUCAUACAUUCGGGUUAACUUCUUUGCCAUUUUGUGCAGCAUUCACGAUGCAAAAAACAGUUGAAGAUUUCGGUUCAUCCUACUCUUCAUCAACUUGCGAAGCGAUUCAUCGGAGUAUUUACGUUGAUGAUUUUCUGCUUUCGUAA